GUCCACAUUCUUUCGAAAGAAACAGGGCAACCCUCGGUUCCUCGGCUGCACGAGCCACAUUUCAAGGGCUCCGUGGCCCCCUGAGGCUGGACAGGACGGGGUAGGACAGUUACACCAUUGCAGAAAAGUCCCCUGGGACCCAGCCACCGCCCUAUAUCCCUGGCUCUCCGAGCACGGCCACAGGGCAGCCUUCGCGGAAAACUUGUUAGCAAUGCAGAUUACGGUCCACCUCCCGGACCACCGGCCUCAGUCCUGGGGGGCCGGCCUGUCGCCAGGCACCCUGGGGAGGUUCAUCAGAAGAAAGAGGUUGAUCUUUCGGUUUCAUUUCUGUGGUCAGGACGUCGGUUUCAGUUCUCUGGCUGUUGGUGAGGAGUGGAGAGUGAUUUGCACACCAAAUACAAGGGAGACGCUGGGAAGGACAGAGGCGAUUUCCAGAUCCCGGUGCCGUCCUGAAGGUUUGCAGAGCUUGUCAAGAUCGCAGGUGCUGAGCAGCAGGAAACGCACCCACCAGCUCUGCCUGGCCACCAGCUGAUGCCAAAAGCCCACAGGUCUUUGCCACAGCAGGGACACAAUCAAUUUUCUUCCCCAAACCACCCACACGUGGAAAUGAACCCCUCCCUGAAACCAAUUCCAGGGGUAAUUGCACCAGGAGCGCAAAGAAAGUUUCCCCACAAUAGGCCAGGGGGAGACAAGGACCAAAUUCACCUCAGCAAGAACUUGAACUCGAUGACAUUAAACUCUCAGAUGCCAGGAGAAAGCAGAGGACAGCAGGGGACGAAGGGCCCCGAGAGUACCCUGUACAGCCAGUACGAGGAGAAGGUGCGCCCCUGCAUCGACCUCAUUGACUCCCUCCGGGCCCUGGGCGUGGAGCAGGACCUGGCCCUGCCCGCCAUCGCCGUCAUCGGGGACCAGAGCUCGGGCAAGAGCUCUGUGCUGGAGGCCCUGUCGGGCGUCGCCCUCCCCAGAGGCAGCGGAAUCGUAACCAGGUGUCCACUGGUGCUAAAGCUGAAAAAGCAGCUCUCGAGGGAUGUGUCUUGGAGGGGGAAGAUCAGCUACCAGAACACGGAGCUCCCGCUUCAGGACCCCUCCCAGGUGGAGAGGGAAAUCAACAAAGCCCAAAACAUCGUGGCUGGGAGUGGAGUUGGCAUCAGCCACGAGCUCAUCAGUCUGGAGAUCUCCUCCCCGGACGUCCCGGACCUGACCCUCAUUGAUCUUCCCGGCAUCACCAGGGUGCCUGUGGGAAAUCAGCCCGUGGACAUCGGACAUCAGAUCAAGGCGCUCAUCAGGAAGUACAUCCAGAGGCAGGAGACCAUCAACCUGGUGGUGGUGCCCUGCAAUGUGGACAUCGCCACCACGGAGGCGCUGAGCAUGGCUCAGGAGGUGGACCCCGAGGGAGACAGGACCAUCGGGAUCCUGACCAAACCAGACCUGGUGGACAAGGGCACUGAAAAAAGUGUUGUGAAUGUGGUGCAGAACCUCACGUACAGUCUCAAGAAGGGCUACAUGAUAGUGAAGUGCCGGGGCCAGCAGGACAUCACAGACAAGCUGAGCUUGGCAGAGGCCACCAAGAGAGAAAUGAUGUUCUUCCAGGCGCAUCCAUAUUUCAGGGACCUCCUGCUGGAAGGAAAGGCUACGGUGCCCCGCCUGGCAGAGAGACUCACCACGGAGCUCAUCUCGCACAUCACUAAAUCCCUCCCGUUGUUAGAAGAUCAGAUAAGAUUGAGCCUCCAGACUGCGACGGAGGAGCUGCGCCACUGUGGCGAGAACGUCCCCACCAGUGACAACGACAUCAUGUUCUUUCUGAUUGAGAAAAUUAAAAUGUUUAAUCAGGACAUUGAAAAGUUAGUAGAAGGAGAAGACGUUGUGAAGGAGGAAGAGACUCGCUUAAUCAACAAACUCAGAGAGGAGUUUAAAAACUGGGCACAUAUGCUGGCAGUCAGUAGCAAGGACGUUAAUAAUAUUAUUCACCAAGAAGUCUCAAAAUACAAUAAGCAGUAUCGCGGCAAAGAGCUUCUUGGGUUUGUCAACUACAAGACAUUCCAGGCCAUUGUGCAGCAGUACAUGGAUCAGCUGGUCGACCCCGCGCUCGACAUGCUACAGAAGAUCGUAGAAAUUGUCCGGCAAACUUUUGCUGACAUGGCCAGAAAUCAUUUUGACGAGUUUUCCAACCUUAAUCAAACAGCCCAAAGCAAGAUUGAAGACAUAAAAACAAAACAAUGGAAAACAGCAGAAGAGAUCAUCCACCUUCAAUUCAGGAUGGAGAAGCUGGUUUAUUGUCAAGACCAGAUUUACAGCUCAGUUCUGCAGAAAAAGCGGAAGGAGGUUUUUAACCCACUCGGAAAUGCGUCCCAGUCUCAGGAGCCUGCCAUUUCUGCCCUCACGGAGAUCUCAGUGCACCUGGACGCGUACUUCUUGGAGACCAGCAAACGACUGGCCAACCAGAUCCCAUUCAUAAUUCAGUACUUCAUGCUCCAAGAGAACAGCGAUCACUUGCAGAAAGCCAUGAUGCAGAUCCUGCAGGAAAAAGAGCACUAUUCCUGGCUGCUUCAGGAGCAGAGUGAGACAGCCCAGAAGAGGAGACUCCUUAAGGAGAAAAUCUUCCGGCUCACUCAGGCACGGCGUGCUCUCUAUAAACUCUCCUAUUAAAGGAGAGUUUAUAGGUGGGGUAGAUAGGUGGGAAAGCAACAGUACUUCCGGUUUUAUCUUACUUGUGUUCAUUGUGAGGGGAGAUGGCACAGGAACUGGCUUCUCAUUUGGGGCGAGCCUCUCUGUCCCUGUCUGUCCAUCUUUGCUGUACUGCGCUCAACAUCAGAAUCUCAAUCUGAAGUCCACGCGUGCUUGGAGUCUGUCCACGUCCUCCACCCACAUCCGUGAGCAGGUGUCUCUCCUGCCCUUGGGCCCCACGGCCUCCAGUCACAGCUUUCUUAACUACUGCUAUCAUUCUUUGUUCAUUUGUCUCCCCCCACUCAUCAGGUUAGGAGACCCUGAAGCCAAAAGGUCAACAUUAUAUUCUUCUUCUAAAUUUCCAGAACCUUGCAUGGCACCUGGACACAUAAGUGAUGUCUCACUGAACAAGCGAAAGGUGGAGAUUACCUGAGGCCGUGGCUUAAAUCAACCUUUGGUUGUUGGGGAUGGUGUCCCUUAGCUGGUCACUUUCAGACAGAUUAGGUCAUGCUACCUGCUGUGAUUGUUCCCCAUCCCCACACCCUGCCCCAGGGAGAGACAGGUCUGAAUGAUUCUGUUAUUAAUUUAUAUUAUUUCCCUGGUUGUGACAAGUUCCCAUUGCUAUGUUGUGUUUUUUUUUAACUUUUUUAUUGGGUUUAUUGGGGUCACAUUGGUUUUGUGUUAAGUCUAAUGAAAAAUUAAUAAUGACAAACGUUGUUUAAAGAAAAAUAGAGAGCUGCAUACCAGUGGUCAUCUCUAGGUUGUAGGAAUAUGACUAAUUUUUUCCUUUUUCACGCUAAGUGGUAUCUGCCAGACAGAAAUUUUAAAAGGGUUAGGUAGGACCAUUUCUACAGACUUCCUGACCCAAAGCACAUAUUCAAAGGGGACAUCAAUUCUUCCCUCCAUCAAAGACCUAUUUUUUCCUUUACUUCCAGGUCAAUAGAGCCGCCUUUACACCUGAAGCUCUUUGGACAGCUCUCGUGUUUAGCUCUUGGAUUACUUUUUGAGUCCAUUUUGUAUGUGGCGCUAGAUAAGAGUCUAAUUCCAUUCUUUUGCAUGUGGUUAUUCAGUUUUCCCAGGCCCAUUUGUUGAGAAAACUGUCCUUUCCCUCACUGGCUUUGCUACUCAGGUCAAAAAGAAUUUGACCACAUGUGCAGGGGUUUGUUCAUGGACUCUCCAUAUGUUCCAUUGGCCUGUCUGUCUGUCUGUCUGUAUGCCAGGACCGCCGUGUUGGUAAGUGCAGCUUGGUAGUAAGUUUUGGAAUUAGGAAGUGUGAGUCCUUCAGCUUUAUUCAUCUUUUUCAGAACUGCUUUGACUAUUUGUGGUCCCUUAAGACUGCAUAUGAAUUUUAGGAUGGGUUUUCCCCUUUUUCAUCUCUGCAAAAAAGGUUGGAAUUUGAUAGAAAUUGCAUUAAAUCCGUAGAUUGCUUUGGGUAGUAUUUGCAGCUUCACAAUAUUAAGUCUCCCAUUCUACAAACACAGAAUGCCUUUUCAUUUAUUUAAGUCUGUUUUAAUUUCUUUAAGCAAUGUUUUGUAGUUUUUACUAUACAACCCUUUCACUUCCUUGGUUGAGUUAGUUCCUAAAUAUUUUAUUCCUUUUGAUGCUAUUAUAAAUAUAACUGUUUUCUUAAUUUUCUUUUCAGAUUAUUCAUUAUUCAUUGUUCAUCUACAAAAAUACUGCUGAUUUUUAUGUGUUCAUUUUCUAUCUUGCCACUUGUUAAAUUCACUUAUUAGUUACAACAGUUUUUUUUGUAGAAUCUUUAUGGCUUUCUACAUAUACGGUCAUAUCCUCUGUGAACAGAGAUAAUUUUAUUUCUUUAUUUUGCUUAAUUGCAUAGGCUAGAACUUCCAACACUGUGUAGAAUGAAAAUGGAAAAAGUAGGGGUCUUUAUCUUAUAAAGUUAUUCUGGUUUUAAAAAACUUUUGUUAUAUUGAGACUGAAGAUGAAGAGAAUUUAAAAGACAAAACAUUGGUCCUAACUUAGGUAUUCUUUACUCUUUGUUUUUAAGUUGGCUUUUAUUUUAUGAGUUAGGUCGCAUGCACAGGUAGUCAGUAGCAGAACUAAAGAUAAGAAUCAACUCUCUUCAAAUCAUAAAUGCUGUUAUAAAAAUAGUCUGAGAAAAAUAAAUCCUGAUACUUAA